CGAAGACCAAAGAAAUCUCGUACUUAUUUGAAAGAUUCUGAUCAGAAUCCCUUCCGUUCAGAAUUUCAGAUUGCAGAAUUAACACCCUCUGGCAUCGGUCUAUGAAAGUUUCCCCAAAACACGUUGCUCGCGUUGACGCACUCUUUCGCGAAUGAAGUCAGAAAGAGUCAGAGCACGACGUCGUCCGUGGCAGAGCAUGGAUGUGUAAUACAAGUUCGUGGUAAGAGCAUGGAUGUGUAAUAAAAGUUCGUGGUAAGAGUCAUCUCAGAUCUUCUGCUGAACGCGUCACACCGUUAGUGAUCCGUAGGUGUAGCAUUCUCUGGAGAGACCGACCUACCUAGAAUCGACGACUAAGCGAUAUCUGCGCAUGUGCUGAAGGUCACAGUUCAUGAUGUCUUUAAAGGUCAUUUCCUGUAAGACUCGAUGUACUGGGGCUAUAAAAGAAUUUCUCUUUGAUCAUUGCAAAACACAAGUGAACUGUUAUUUCAGCGUUCUCUUUGCCGAUCGGCAACUGAAUUAUCUUAACACUGUCGUCUACAGCUUGUUAUUUCGUGCUAACCUGUUUUCUUUUAACAUUUUGGUAGCUUUUAGUUCUGGUCUAGUUUCGAAAUUGAAACUUGAUCCCCAAAACUCAAAAACUAGCUGAUGUCCUCUGAGACCUAUAUAUUUAAUUGUGAAGAUAAAUAGCCAAUACACGUCUUCACUGCAUGCUGCGAAAUAUCUGUCCCAACUUUGUUGAUUAUCUCGAUGACCUCACUGGACGUCGACCGGAAAUCGUCAUUUAUAACACGGGGGACGUCAUCAUUGUUUACAGCAGCCAGAGAUGCCAACGAGUUUAUGCUGCCACUUAUAUUUUUGACUUGUUCACUGAUACAAGACAUAAACAAUGACCAAUAACCAAAAAAAGAACAAAUAAAUACAGCCUACAGAAAAGGAAUUAUCUGUGGUAGGAAAGCAAGUGGCAGUUCUUGGAGAAAAGCAGCUUCCUAGUGAAUGAAGAUAAUGGUGUAUUCACACCAUAAUUUUUUUCUGAGAUGUAUCGAGAGCAUAUAAUGAGCAGGAUCUGGAGACUAACUUCAUGGGCUUUCCCUUGGAAAAUAUCCAACAUCUGGCAAGAGAAAAUUUAUUCUCUUUCAACUAUUCUGAAGAUUUCCAAAUUCAUGUGCCAUACAUCUUUGAAUGCAGAAUACCAUCAAAUUUUACCCAAACACCAGCAGAGUUGGACAUCUGUCUUUUUGCCUACUGCUUGUGAAAGUGUGGAAAGUACCACACAGAUGCAUGGGAAGGAAAAUAGGCUUUGGUUUGACCCAACAUCAAAAGAAAGUCGCUGGAGGGACAAAACUGCUAAUUUUAACAGACAGCCCAUAUGGAUAAAGCGACACUUUAAAAUAGGUGAUGGACAUUUGACCAUUAUAAAUAGACAGCUUCAUGUAACAUCACAAAGAUGUAGCCUAAACAGUCUGUUAACUCAAUGCAGCAGAAGCUUUGUUAUUCCCCCAAAGUAUAUGUUAUGGAGCCCUUGUAGAAGCUACAACACUGGCAAUUUAGACACAGUGGAAAAGCAGCUGUUGUCUUUGAUGGAUAGGUGGGAAAUGGAAGAUGCAGUAUUUUUGUUAAGGCAAUCGGUGAUGAAGGGUGUGGUCCCACACUCAACAGUUGUUCUGAACUUGCAGCAGCAGUUGGGCAACUUAGGGGAAGUGGAGUGUUUGUUAGAGCUUCAUGAGUUUCUUAAGGAACACAAACUGACUUCUGAUACAAUGUUUUUCCAAUGUCUACAAAAAGCCUACUACAACAGUGGUCGUAUAUCUGAAGGAGUUGAGACUCUCCGUCUCCUGUACCACUGCACACGCAAGUUUAGUGAUGUUGAAGUUUUCUUCAGUCUCCUUACAGUCAUGAUACUGCGCCAUUUCCCAGAUCAGAAAGACAUUAUCAUCAGCUUUGUUAAAGAUUUGAAAGAUGCUGAGGUACCUGUCCUCGAACCAGAAGCAGCACUCUGGAAAUGCUACAUAUUCACAGAACAGUGGAAGGAAGCAGAGAAUCUGCUGCUGAGUAAUGAAGAACUGAAAAAGCUAAUACCAGCACAAAUAUCUCGUAUUUGCCAUGGUGUAGACAAAGUGGAAUGUGAUGCUGCAGUUGUCUUAGGAUACCUCCUCAACCUGCCCUUUAUCAAACAGGCACUAAGGGUGUUGGUGGCCAAGACGCUGAUUUUGGAACUAUGUAACAAGAAACAGUGGCAACAUCUUCUUCAGCUUAUGAACCAUAUGAAGACCUUGAACAUUCCAAUCCACACAAGUACUCUUACUUAUGCCAUUAAGGAAAUGCAACACUAUCUGACUCCUCAGUAUGAUGAACAACUUGAAGAACUACAGACUUGGUGCCAUGAAUUGCAGCAAGUACAAGGAAAAAAAUAGGUCUUUGUAAUCACGAUACUUUUAAUGAAUUCUGGUAGACAUUUUCUUGUUAAAGACAUACUUCACACAAAAUUGUAAAAAUCAUUUAACAUUUUAUCUUUUCUUUCAAGCAUGCUGGAAGCCCCUGAGAAACACAUUACUUACCAUGAAAAAGUAACUACGUAAAGUAGCUAUUCUAAUUAAAAUAUCUAAAUGUAUGGGUAAAGCUCAAUUACAUCUGCUACACUAUGGUCCUACAAUCGCUAUUUUAAAUUAUAUAAAAUUUUAUUUUAUUCUGUUUGAACCUUUAUGUUUGUCUUUGCAUAUUAAAUCAGAAUAAAACUGAAUAUAUUGGAGA